CUCGACGUUGGCACCAUGCAGCUGAAUUUCAGUGGCCUCCGGGCCCUGGUGACGGGGGCAGGGAAAGGGAUCGGGCGGGACACGGUGAAGGCCCUGCACGUCUCAGGAGCCAGAGUGGUGGCCGUGAGCCGCACCAACGCCGACCUGGUCAGCCUCUCCCAGGAGUGCCCAGGGAUAGAGCCCGUGUGUGUGGACCUGGGCGACUGGGAGGCCACGGAGCGGGCGCUGGGCGGCGUGGGCCCCGUGGACCUGCUGGUGAACAACGCGGCGGUGGCGCUGAUGCAGCCCUUCCUGGACACCACCAAGGAUGUCUUUGACAGGUCCUUCAACGUGAACCUGCGUUCUGUGUUCCAGGUGUCCCAGAUCGUGGCCCGGAGCAUGAUCGAACGCGGAGUGCCUGGCUCCAUUGUCAAUGUCUCCAGCAUGGUGUCCCAUGUCACCUACCCCUGCCUAGCUGUCUACAGCUCCACCAAGGGCGCCAUGACCAUGCUGACCAAAUCCAUGGCCAUGGAGCUGGGGCCACACAAGAUCCGGGUGAACUCCGUGAACCCCACCGUGGUGCUGACGGCCAUGGGCCGUAGUGUCACCUCGGACCCCGAGUUAGCCCGGAAGCUGAAGGAGCGCCACCCGAUGAGGAAGUUUGCAGAGGUGGAAGACGUGGUCAACAGCAUUCUCUUCCUGCUCAGCGACCGCAGCGCCUCCACCAGCGGCUCGAGCAUCUUCGUGGACGCGGGGUACCUGGCUUCCUAGAGCCAGGCGCUGGGCACCCGAAGGGACUGCGCGCCUUCCGCCCCGCCCCGCCUCCAGACUCGCCCCGCCCACCACCAACCACGCCUCCAACGCAGGCCACGCCCCUCAGCUCCUCCCCCAGCGCCCAAGGCGGUGCUUGCUGUCCCCGCUCCACCGCUUGGCCCCACCUCCACGCCACGCCGCGGCUCCGCCCCACAGGCCUGUUCCCUACCCGCUCCACCAGCCCACCCUCCACCCUCUGCGUCUACACCCGCCCGCCAGGAGACCCCGCCCCUGUCGGUCCGCCCACUGUCUCCUCUUCAGGGUUGGGGUGAUUUGCCUGAAUAAAUGGAGGCCAUUCUCCUGCA